AUGUAUCGACGUCAGCUAGAGGGAGAAUUUAGUGACGGAGAAGAAGGAAGUGACGAUGCAAAAGAUUUUUACUUCAGAAGCACGAGCGGCAUCAAUAAACACAGGAAGGCGAGGUGUUCACGGUGCAGAAUGUUAAAUUUUCAGGUCCCUAUCAUUAAAAUGGCAUUGAAUCCACCUUAUCAGGAACUUGAUCUGGAUAUUAACAUUAACAAUGUUGCUGGCAUUUACAACUCUCAUCUGAUCCACUAUUAUUCGCUUCUGGAUCAGCGAUUCCCAGCUGUAUGCCUUUUAGUGAAGCACUGGGCGAUCACAAAUGGAAUAGGAGAUGCUGCAACUGGUUCAUUCAAUAGCUACUCGCUUAUUCUUCUUGUCCUACAUUACUUCCAGUGUGGAGUGCAGCCAGCAGUGUUACCAAACCUUCAGCACCUUUAUCCUGAGAAGUUCGGCAGUACUCCACCACUGUCUGAGCUACACUUGUUUCAACCAUUGAGUUAUUUACAUCGACCUCUCAAUAAGCAAACAAUAGGGGAGCUCUUGGUCGGAUUUUUCCACUAUUACGCUUCAUUCGAUUUUGAAAAUAUAGCUAUUUCUAUGCGUAACUCCCAUAUAUUUCCGAGGAGCUCUAUGCCGCCUGAAACACUGGUAUACAGAAUUUUUAUUGAGGAACCUUUCGAUCGUAAUAAUACUGCCAGAUGUGUCACUAAGUCCUAUGUGAUGGACCGUAUUCAGCGCGCUUUUCGCCAAGCACGAGAUGCAUUCUCGAAAUAUCCACCCUCACUUGAGAGAAUAAAGGUCACUGUUUGA